CUAGUAGCUAGACUAGCAAACAAUUUGAUUUCUACCCAACAGUACACAUGCCAUCACAUUGUUGUUGACAGGAGGUCUAAUGGCACGUCCAAUUAAAGCCCACCACACACCACCUAUAUUUUUGGUUGUCUCAUUAAAUGAUUGGAAUUUAAUAUAACCUUAAUGAGGGAACAACUAAAUCCAAUUGCCAUAUUGAAUUAUUUUAAACCAUGGAGUAUAUUAUAUUAUAUAUAUAUUUGUAGCAUCCCAUCAUCAUGUGCUUGUUCUUGACUUUGUAAGACCAUUUGUAGCAGUAUUCGGCUGUGCCCAUAACCCAAUGCCCGCUGAUUGAGGCCAUUGAUGUCCUCUAUAUAAACAAGGCCUCAUCUCUUAUCUACCUCCCAUUCAAGCCCUUUUUCAUCUCUCUACAUCUAAUUAAUGAAGUAGCUUGCAAAAGAAAAGAAAACAAAACAAAACAUGGCUUCUCGCUACUUAGUGGCCCAUAAUGUUGUGUGGUUAGCAGUGAUGGUGAGUGGUGCAGUGGCUGCUGUGCCUAAGAGAGCAAUAGAUGUUCCCUUCGGAAGAAACUAUGUACCCACUUGGGCUUUUGACCAUAUCAAGUACUUCAAUAGCGGCUCUGAGAUCCAGCUCCUUCUCGACAAGACUACCGGUACUGGAUUUCAGUCGAAGGGCUCAUACCUAUUUGGGCACUUCAGUAUGAAUAUUAAGAUGGUCGGUGGAGAUUCUGCUGGCACUGUUACUGCUUUCUAUUUAUCUUCUCAAAACAGCGAGCAUGACGAAAUAGACUUUGAGUUCUUGGGGAAUAGAAGUGGGCAGCCAUACAUAUUGCAGACCAAUGUGUUUACUGGAGGAACAGGCAAUAAGGAGCAAAGGAUUUAUCUCUGGUUUGAUCCUACCAAAGCCUACCACAGAUACUCUGUGCUUUGGAAUCUAUACCAGAUUGUAUUCUUCGUGGACGACGUCCCAAUACGGGUUUUCAAGAACAGCAAGGAUUUGGGUGUGAAAUUCCCAUUCAACCAGCCGAUGAAGCUUUACUCGAGCCUUUGGAACGCUGACGACUGGGCCACGAGGGGUGGGCUUGAGAAGACGGACUGGUCAAAGGCCCCAUUCGUGGCGUCUUACAAAGGCUUCCACAUCGACGGUUGUGAGGCUUCGGUGGAGGCCAAGUUCUGCGUCACGCAGGGAAAACGGUGGUGGGAUCAGAAGGAGUUUCAAGAUCUCGACAGUUACCAAUGGAGAAAAUUGCGAUGGGUAAGACGCAAAUACACGAUUUACAACUACUGCACGGACAAGAGCAGGAAUCCAACUGUACCGGUGGAGUGCAAGAGGGACAGGGACAUAUGAAUUAUUAUCACGCCCCUUUUGCUUUCGUGUCUCUUAAAUUUUAAUUAUUAUUAUAUUAAUUAAUACUCCAUAUAUUUAUAGAGCCAGUAGCUACUGCUACUGCUACUCAAGGAGGCAUGUGAUGGAUCUCAUUUAUGAUUUGUUAUGAUUUGUUAUUGUCUCUCACGCGGCGUCUUGUGUGUUGAGCUGUCGUCAUCUUCUUAUCUUUUUCCUUUUCUAUGACACUAUUAUCAUCUACUUUUUCUAGUCUAGUAUAAUAUUGCUUUUUCCUUACUCUACUACUGCCCUCUUCUCUUGAAUUUAUUGCAUACUUUUUCCUUACUCUACUAGUGGCUUCUUAAAA